AUGGAUUGCCAUUCGAUGUGUCUGGAGCAUUGUUCGCUUGACUGGUAUGGGAAAUGCGCCUUGGGUUUUGGUGCGGAGAUGAAAAACAUGGGUGUCAUUUAUGAAGCAUCAUCAGCCUCGCUGGUUAGGGAGCUUGAACAGCUCGAUGGAAUGUCAUCUUCUGUCUCCUCCGUCGCUUGCGCAAUUAUUACAACACGCCACACGAGGCGAUUUGAAGGGGAUGACUGGAAGUGUGUACUGGAAAAACAUAUGGAGGCGCUUUGCAGUGCGUUUGUGACAGAGGCGGCUAUUGCCUGCCAUGUGGAUCCAGGGGACAUCAGCGAGCUUGAGUUUCGACUUGGCAGCUUAUACGUCACGUUUCACGUCUCGCACGACGCGGAUGUCGGGGAGAGUGAAAUACAAGAAAGGGUUGAGCUCUACCCCUUUCGCGAGGUGAUGCGUCUGUAUGCGAAUCGCGAUGCUCCGCCAAGCGGCUUGGAUGCGGCACUUAAGCGCAUUUCAGAGCUUGAGAAGGAGGUGAAGCAGAGGCUAGAGAAGGUUCAGGAAGAGAACGCGAGUAAGGUAGCGGAACUUGAGGAUGCAAAAAGGCAAUUAGAGGAGAAGCUGCUGCGGCAGCUCCACGAUAGGGAGCAGGUAUUAGGUGACGCACUCAGCAAAGCGCAGGAGGCGCUGCAGGGCAGCGAGGCUGAGAACAGGCGCCUUGAGGAAGAAAUGAAGAAAGCACUUGAAACCAUUAAACGGGAGCGUAAGCGGCUUGACAAGCAUGCACUGCACCAGAACGAGUUGAUCGCUGCCAUUAUACAAGGAAACAGGAAGGAGAUGGAGGCGAAAGAGCGGGAAUUCGAGGAGAAUUUGCUUGAAAAGGAUGUCAUUAUUGAGAACUUGCGCGUCCGGUUGCGCUCAAAAACUGAGUCAGCCAAUUGCGAAACAGUUUCACGCGCCGCGUCGGUGGACACGGACCGCGCCGAUGAGUUUGCGAAGCUCAUGGGUCGCAUGGAAGAGAUGGCAAUUGUUCUGGAGAAGACGCAGGAAUCUGAGUCCGAAGCGCGUGGAGAGAUCCAGCGACUGUCAGAAGCGCUAAGACUCUCGGAGGAGGCACGUCAGUCGGAUGCAGUCAUUUAUGAAAACAACGUACUGGCACUGAAGCAGCAGCUGCAGGCGUUUCGUGAUACUAAACUGGCUGAAGAUCAUCAAAAGCGACAAGAAGAGUACCGCGCUCGCCGCAGCACAAAUCUUAGUAAAGAGGAGAAGACGAACGAGACCAUUGUGCGUCAGUAUGAAACGGCGUUGGAGAACAUUAUUGGAACCCUGCAAGAUCGCCUCACAAUUCUUCGUGAGGAGUACGCAUCGUUUCUGAAGGUCUCUGAAGAGGAGACGGUAAACGAGAGGGAUGUACUCAACGAACACGAGCAGGACAGCCAACAGGUGCGUCAAAAGUUUCGCACAGCGUCACUUACAUUGCAGCGUGUGUUCUGGAGCACGCGCGAGAAGGAAGUACCAGAUGUGAUUUCGGAGUUAGACAACGCUGCUGCAUCUGCAGAAAAAUCCCGAGCAGCAGUAAAGGUCACUCUGGCACUGCUGGACUCGCGUCUCCAGUCAUUCAGUGAGCAGAAGGAGUGGAUGGAGACACACCAGCAGUCUCUAGAGGAUCUCCUUGUGUCCCUUCGGCAGUUAAACAAACGGGCUUUUGCGCGCCAGCUGUCUUUAAUGAACGAACAGUCUGCACGGUUUUUUUCUACUCCGUAG